AUGGCACCCCCAAGCCCCCUCGCAAUCGCAACCGGCUCAGUCCAACGUCUAGUCAAAGAAGAAACAUCCUAUCACAAAGAGCUCAAGAACCAGGAGGCGCGGCUCGAGAAGCUGGUCAACAGCACGGAGGAGAAUGAGAACAAGGAGUAUCAGUUGAAGCAGGAGAGAGCAGCAAUCGAAGAAACGAAAGCCGUUUUCCCACCCCUCCGCCAACGCAUCACGGACGCCCUGGCGAAACUUGAGGAGAAGCUUGAAGCGGGACAGGCUAGUGGUGCGAGUGAGGAGGAAGUGAAGAAGGCGCAGGAGGUGAUUACGUUGGCUAAGGAGGCUACGAAGGAGAAGUGA